AUCGUCACGUUGUGUCAUCACAGGCAGGUGUAGAGCUGCACAACAGUAAUUAAAAUAGUAGUGUAGUGUACAUGCCAUGGAAACUACUUUUUUGUUUCAUUGUUGAAAUUUUGAGGGCAUUACAUUACACAAACUCAAAGAAAAUAGCAGACAGUAAAUAUGGUGCACUAUAUAGUAAAUAGAGAGUGAUUUCAGACACAGCCAUAGUAUAUUUCCCCUCCCAAAGCAAAAACAAAUAAUCCACAAAUUCUAUAUACUGUCAGUACCCCAUAAAUAAGUAAAGUUCUUGUCUUUUCCAUUAACAAUAUAAGUCCAUCUCUCCAAACAAGACAGGCUGCAUUCACAUUCCCAGUGAAGAUAUGUCAAUAUUCUUCCAGAAGAGUGCAAUCCUCCUCCUCCAACAGUUUUCCUCUGUUGAUGUGCCAUGGGGGUGUUGUCUUUAGUUCAGUCUUCCACACCAACUUUAUCUGAAGCUGAAGAGGAAGAGUUGGUGUUUGUAAUUGUUUUUUUCUAAUGGAGUACCUCCAAGUAAAGAUGCUCAAACCAACUCCCUGCAGUUACAGAAAUGUUGUUGAGUCUAACCAAAUUAGUGCAUUUAAAUAAUGUGUUCAGUAUGAUGGGAUAUUACUACUUAAGUAUCUUACCACACCUGUAUAGAGGUACCUGGUUCCUGUUUUCUUCUGGUGGUUGUCUGCAUAGUGACCGGUGAUGGGGACAGUCUGUUGGCUAAUGUAAGUGAUUGUCUGCUGCCCUCUAGUGGUUGUAUCAGUGUUGUGCCAUGUGCUGUUGCAAUCAGUUGUUUCAUGUUAGAGGAGAAAUUCUGGAAUCUGGAAAUAUUGUACUGAGUAAUAGUGACGAUGAUUCAUCCAGUUCAUAGACUCAUUCAUUCAGUUGUGUGUAUGUACUGCAUGACUGUGUGAUCAUUUUCAAUCAGCAUUUGAGCACACAAAUAUCUCUGUGCUAAAGACAAAAUCAUAAUAAUAAAACUUAUUUGAUAUAUAUAGAAUCGCUGACUGUAAAACUUUCUCUCGCAACGCACCUUGUUAAGGAAGUGAAAAAACGGAAAUAGCAGGUGAAUUGAUGUAUUUGUGUGUGUGUGUGUGGGGGGGUUGUGUGCAGCAUUUUUGAGAACAGAGAGACUAGAGGCUUUAUGUUAAUCUGCUUUCAUUUCAGUAUGCCUUUCUAUGUCAAGGUCUGUGCGUGUAUGCCUCCAAACUCAGCACAGUAACUCUUAGUUACCCCUUCUUUUUAUUUCUUUCAUUUUUGCCCUGAAUAAUCAACAAAUCUACAAUGACCUACAAAUGACUGAAAAACAGCCGAGGGCGAGUGCAAUCGCAGACAUUUUAUCACGACAUGACAGCACUGUGGUGCAUUUUCUCACUUCUUCAACAGUUUCAGGAAGUGGGGCAGAGUCACCAAAAUCAGGAAACUAAGUGUUGCUCUAAAUACAACUGAGCAAAGGGCUGUAGCUGGUGAAAGCUAAUAUCAGAUGAAGAGGAAAGGAGCUUCAGUAAACUUGAGAAACUAAACGGACACAUCUGGGAUGCUCCUUGUGGGGUGAUUUUGUGCACUUUUGAGUCUUCACAACCAUGGAAGAAACCGUCUCAAGUUUUGAAACAGCAAAUUCUGAAUCAGUCUCAGCAUAUGAGCUGUUAAUUCUGCACACAGAUGAUGCUCACGAAUGGGCGACAUAUUUGCAGCAGAUCUUGAAAGCCUCCCGAAAAUUCCGCAAAAGGUCUAUUCUGCUGCGUGCAGUCGGCCCGGCUGAUCAGCUCCACGGAUAUAACUUUGAAUAUUUCCAAAGCUGCAAGUGCAUUGUCCUGCUCCUCACAGGAACAUUGCUGGACAUGCUCUAUGACCCUGAACUGCAGGGAGCACUUCAGGAACUCCUUUAUCUUCCACAUAGAGUGGUGGCGCUGCUGUGCGGUGUGACAGAGGAUGACAUACCGAUGGAGAUCUUUGAAGACUGGCCUAGCUGGAGAAAACUCUAUGCUGAGGACGAGCCUGCUGUCUACGUUUCCACCGUUUUAGAGUCCAUCAACGACAGCAGACAAGUGCAGGUUGAACAUGAGAGAGAAGCUGCAGCUGCAGCAGAGUUGGAUAUCACAGCAGCCUAUUCAACCGAGAAUCCCACCACUGAUGAAACAGAGGAAGUAGUGUCAGAAGAGCAAAAAGAAACUGUCCUGAAGGAUGAAGAACCAGUGAGCACGGGGAUUUCAACAAGCGAGGAAAUGAGUACACCCACGCACCUCACCUGUCUCACAGUUCAACCGAACCGAGUUCUGUGCGGGGAAUUGGAGACACUUUAUAUAAUUCUCACGCAUAAAGUAGAUGAUCAGUCGGUACCAGAGGUGGAGUUUUCAUCUGAAAAUGUAGCUGCAAAAAGGGUCCCAGGCACUGUGGAGAAUGAAUACACUAUAAGUGUUACUGCACCUGACAUGCCUGCUGGGGUGGUAUCGCUCGCCAUGUACACUGACCAAUCCUGUGUCAGCUUGAGGCCUGUUACAUAUUAUACCAAUAUGGGAGAAGUCAGUCGGUAUCUUAAAAAUGCUACUGAUCCUGUUAACUUCAUCUGCCAGGCCUUCAACUUAACAUCCAAUGCAACAGAAUCAUUGGACAACAUGCUAACUGACUCGUUAAAAUCCAGGAUGCCUGCAACUAGUCUUCAGCUGUUUGGAAUCAGACAGAUUGAAGAAGACAAUAUGGCGGCAUAUCAGCGUAAUGAGGAGCUUCCCACGCUGCUCCACUUUGCUGCUAAGUAUGGCCUGAAGAAGCUGACCACCAUUCUCCUACAGUGUCCUGGGGCUCUGCAGGCUUACAGCGUGAUGAACAAGUAUGGAGACUACCCAAAUACGCUGGCAGAGAAGAGUGGCUUCUCUGAUCUCAGACAGUUCAUGGAUGAAUUUGUUGAGACAGCAGACAUGCUCAAGUCUCAUUUUGAGGACUCCAUCAACACAGAGGAGAGCGCAGAGGUGUAUGAGAUUAUGUCAACUACCUCUCAAGAUAUCAUGAUGAAGUACUCAGGCUGCUCAGAGGACAUAUAUGAGUCAAUGCUGGGGAUUGACCCUGAAUAUGCAGAGGACCUAGACCUAUAUGAAGUUAUGAGCGCGGUAGACGUGAACCCUGAGGAAGCAAUGCUUAGGAAGUUCUUUCAAGCGAAACCACAUGCCAGUGUAAACCAGGACAACAAUGAGCAUUUUAAAAGUGAAGAAGAGGAAAAUGACAAUCAUAAUGACUUAGAUCAAAUUGAAGAAGAGGAGGAUCCAUACAACCUCUUCCCAGAGGAUAUCUAUGAUACUUUGGAUGAAAACAGUAGCUAUAACCCAGUAAUCCUGAACCGUCCACCGGCCCCCAUCCCCAGACCUGAGACCAAGCUUGAGCCUGAAAAGCCUAUGACCUACAUCUCUAGAGUAUUUUCAGAUAAAGAUAUGUCCCAGACUAGAACGAUGGAAAUGGGAUGUCCUGCAGCUCAGCCUGUGGCGGACCCCCCCCUUCCUGUUUAUGAUCCCUAUGCUGGGAUGAAGACCCCAGGACAGAGACAGCUCAUAUGUCUGCAGGAGAGGGUGAAAGUCGGGGAAAUUACUGUGGAUGAGGCCGUCCAAGAGUUCAAGGCCUGGCAGUUUGACCAUGAGCGGAGGGCCAACUCCUUACGCUAUCAGCAGGAAAAUCUGAAGAAAUUACGAGACAGCAUCACCAGGCGUCACAAAGACAGACAGAAGACAGGAAAGAAGCUUGAUUAUGAGAUAAGUGCUCCAAUGCAGAGGAACUUAUACUGGGGCUCCAGUAUGACAUUAGAGUGUUCUGUGUACGAGGUGACACCCAGAGUGGGCUCCCCUCCCCCUCCCCCUCCCCCUCCAGCGGCUCAGAUUAUCAAGAGAAACACCUGGACGACAGGUAGCACAUCCAGCACAUCCAGUACUGAGAGCAACAGACUCAGCACUCACAGCACCUUUAGCUACAGCAGCGGGACAGAGCCUGACUUUGAGGACACAAUAGAAAAUAUCCCUCCUCCACCACGACCUCCACGGCCAUCUGAUGCGGCACCCCUCACUACUCCACCCAGGAUUCCUCCACGGAUCCCAGAAAGGGUGCCGGAGAAGAUGCUGCAUGCGCGCUACAUAUCCUGCCCGACUCGAGCACUUCCUCAAAGACCCAUUCAGAGACACACAAACUCAGCACCUCCCAUACCCCGCCGCCUGCGGUGAUCAGCACGUCUACCUUUGCUGGGUUUAGUCUCUAAAGUUAUGGGUUAUUUUUAUAUCAGAGGGAUGGUGGAGUUGGAAAGACAUUGUGUUCCUUAAACAGCCAUCAGGAUUUAACAAGAUGAAGCCACACAGUUUUUUUGCUUUUAUUAAUUUUAUGUAUCAGUGUCCCUAACAGAGUAAUUCAAUUCCCAUAAUAUUUCAUUGUGCGGGUGUGGGUGUGCAUGUGUGUGUGGAUGAGUCUAUGAUAUUCAGUGUAUAUAUUGUGGUGUGUUUUUACUUUAAAAACCCAUGUGAUUUUUUUAGUAUCCUAACAAAACAUAUUAUAGGUUUAGAGUAGGCUAUGUUAGUUCGUUUUUUAUAGGUUUUAUGUGUAAUGUAUUGAAAUGUUUAAUUUGAAAUCUUAAUUAUGAUAUUUAAACAUGGUUAAGUAAGCCACUGAUGUUAAUGCCUGAUGUCCAGUUCACCAGAGAAACAUACUGUAUAAUAUCUUCCUUUUUAUAAGUAUGCUAGUGCUUAGUUGCAAGUUGUUGUGACAUUAUAUUCUACUUAUUUUACCUCAAAUGAUGUUAGCAGUAUACUUCUUAAAGGACUUACAGUUUGACUGUAAUAUUUGUAUAAUAUCUUUCUUUAACUUGGAGAAUUCAUGCAUGGAUGAUAAAAUAACCUUUAGGAAGUGCCUUUAGGAAGUCAGUUUUGUUGUACAUCAGACUUCAUGUAACUUCUGAAUUUCAUAAUGAAAAAUAUGUUCCUUUUA